CAUUGUCACACAGGCACCGCUGCAAUGAUACCUGUUCCUUUCCAUAGCCACCAGCAACACUUGCUAAAUUUAGCUGUGACAUCCCUGACUAGUCAAACUCAGCAGCCUUUAGAUACACAGAGUAUUGCAACCAGAUCCUGACAUACAGUAUACGCUUCCUAUUGUGCUCCGUCCUCCACUCUGCAACACUAUACAUACACACAUAUGGCGCAUGCGACUGCACACACACACACACUGUGCUACCCCACUCACAGACACAAUAUACUGCAACAACAACACACAAACAAGAGGAUGCACUCACAGUACCACAAUGGCAGAAGCAGUCGCACUGCUUUUGUCAUUCAUUUUGAUGUUGUUUGCAUUUAUAUGUAUGAUCCCCUAGAUCAUUCAUUCAAGUGUUCACGAUUACAUCAUUACAUCACUUACUUUUCAUGCCCUUUGGUUCUCAUUGUAUCUAUUAUACUGCUUCAAGUCUGAUGGAUAGACGACCUAAACUAUUAUAAGUCUCCAACUGCAUCUUUAGUUGAACCUUUCAUAUGCCUUGUGCAGGCAUGUAGUGUGUUUUGGAGCUUGAGGAGUAAAUGUAUUUGUGAAAGUGUGCGUGUGUGUGUGUGUGUCCUUGCAUCGGCAUGUUUGCCUUUGUGUGUGUUUUUACGUCUUUGUAUGGGGAUUUUUUCUGCAUGGCUGCCAGGUGUGAUGGCUCCAUUCAUCGGUGCUACACUAAUCCUUCGGAUACUAUAUCAAGCAUGACCCCCCCCUCAACGCCACCACCACCACCACCACCAACUCCCAUUCUGCAGUAAACAUCUUACCCCAAUGCUGCCCUUUUUUUGCCGCUUAAAACCACAAACAUUUGGAAAGCUGUCAAGUUAUUCAUCUUCAUCUUGGCACAGUAUUUAUUUUAGCACUCCCUCCAAGCCUUUCCUUUGUUGUGACAUGAAGUACAAAAUGGUUGCACAACAGGGUAGCUGGAUAAUCCACUGUCACAAUAGUGAGCUGUAGCACAGUAAGUGAUAUGUCAUUGUCACUCCACAGCAGUUCAUUGUGCUCAGGAAAUGCUGUUGGACCAGUGAGAUGCACUCAUCAAAGAAUGAAUGUUACAGACUAAUUCUAUGUCUCUCAAAAUCACUAUUUAGCCUCUUUAGCUGCUGAGUUACUUAACUGUCAUGCAGGUUGACAUCUGAGAAUAGCAAGACCACAGUAAAUGUAUACAAGAGCAAUUGUGGUGUGUCUUGUGGUCAUAUUAAGGACACAUCAAUUUACUUAAUGCCUUGCUGUAGUUACAGUACCAUUAGUGCUUUCUGCGUGGGGGCAGGUGGAUGUAACCUGUGUCCAUUCAGCACAUAGCAGGUGUCUGAUGCGUAAACAGAGAAGGAGGAGAGAAGAAGGGGGGUGGGUGGGGUGGAGGAGCAACAGGUGGGAGGAAGGAGAUAGGAGGACGGGAGAGGUGGGAUGGGUGGAGUGAGGGAUGUAUUUAAGACGGUGUCCCCCUCAUCCUCCUCAUCAUCACCAUCGCCCUCUCUCUCUCUCUGCAACUGACCAACAGGCCAGCACUCAUCCUCCACUCAGAAUGUCUUUGCCCAACUCUGAGAACGCCUCCACUCUGGAGAGCGCCAUGCAGCUCAUGAUCCAGACCUUCCAUAAGUACUCUGGAAAUGAGGGGGACAAAUACACACUGAGCAGGGCCGAGCUCAAAGAGAUGCUCACCGCAGAGCUUGGCAACUACCUGGGGAACGCCCAGGAUAAGGAAGCAGUGGAUAAAGUCAUGGGAGACCUGGAUUCCAACAACGACGGCGAGGUAGAUUUCACCGAGUUCAUCAUAUUGGUCGGAGCACUCACUGUAGCCUGCAACGACUUCUUCCUGGAGUACAACGAAAAGCAAGAGAAGAAGAAGUGAACGCCCUCUGCACAACGACACCCCCGCUUUGCAAGCCCACAAGGUCCAGGGAGGAAACAGAUUUAGACAGGAGAGAAGAACAUCCUGUCAUGGACUUCACGUGCACAAAUACACUCACACACACACACACACACACACACACACACACACACAUCUGUCACUUUGAGAAGUAAGUGGUGGGUGUUUGUGUAUUUGUCUGCAGUGUCCCAUCAAUCCAUUACAAACUGUGUUUACUGCAAUAUGAAAAUCAGGAGAGUUUAAGUCAGAGUUUGAGCCAGUUUCAACACCUGUCAUUGUUGAAUAUGUGAAUAUAUCUCUUUCUUGUUCUUUUCGUGUAUUUUGUAACACAUUCAAACGAAGGAAUUCCCCCCUGGAAAGAAUAAAUGCGACCUUAACUGAAACAAUCCAAUGUUGGUUGUAUUUUACUAUGGCGAGAGAAAGAGCACAUGAUGGGCACCAGG